CAUGAACAAAGUUCAGAACAUGAAACCGCAUGUGUUAAUGUCCAGUCCUACCCCGUAGUGUGUUAUAGAUAGAAGUCGUAAAGGAUUGAAAAUAUUGAAAUACUUUGUUAGAACUUAAUAAUCAGGGAUUGAAUAAUCUCAUCCUUGUGUGACAUAAGGGAUUAUAAUUGGGUCACUCUGUGUGUUGCAUUGAUGUAUGAAGUUAUAGGCAGUACAUUCAUUGAAAGUGUAAUUUGUUGUUAUGUAAGUUUGUUCAUAAAGUGUGAUAUAAUCUUCCGGGUACAUGUCCCGACGUCCUCCAUGUACAAUACAGUCGACAUCGCCACUGCAUUUGAUCGAACAUCAGGUACUGAAGACAACAACAUACGCAGUCUGAACACUAUAAGUGUGCGAUACAGUCUGCCGUAUAUAUAUCACGACGUCCUCCAUGUACAAAACAGUCGACGUAGUCACUGCAUUUCAUAACACAUCAGGUACCGGGCCUUGCUGAAGACAAGAACAUACGCAGUAUGAACAAUAUAAGUUUCAUAUGCGUCUUUCUACUAACCAGCACGCACAGAUUAUCUAGCGGACAGCCUUUAUUAUCUGACCGUCGUCAGACAGUAGAAUCAGCUCUCAUGGAACAGGGGAUACUAGAACAAAUCAGGCCACUUCUGACGGAACUGUGUAACGAUGACCGAAGGUAUUCACGCCACCUGUCUGAACUGACGGAUGAAAUCAAGGCCCUAACUAAACGUGUUCAGAGCUUAGAAGACUGUGCGGCUUUGUUGAACAUAACGGUGUGCUCAGAUUACCUCGUGUCGGGACUGUAUGGUGUGAAAAAUUCGGCGUUGUACGUGUCUUCUUCAUGGCUGAAGGAGGACCGUUAUUACCAUGGCGAAGCAAACAGCAGGCUAUACAAUGAAAGGAAUGAUAACAAACUCAAAACUGGUGCUUGGUCAUCUCAAUACAAAGAUAAUAAACAAUUUAUACAGGUGAAAUUCCCGAGAGAAACUGAAGUAGAAACGAUCUUGUUGCGAGGUCGAAAUGAAUUCUUUAACCAGUGGGUUAAAACCUAUCAUCUUUUGUACAGCAUGGAUGGUACCAAUUGGACUACAGUGAUGUCGGACGACAACCAACCUAGGGUAUUUACCGGAAACAAUGACACGACCACCAUAGUUAAGGCUAGCGUGGUCCCAAGUAUCACUGCAGUGUACCUCCGGAUUAAUCCAAGGAGUUGGAACAAUCAUGUAUCUCUCCGUUUUGACGUCAGUGGCUGUUACACCGUUAGGGAAACACGCAAACACAUACACAAAGCUUUAGGAUUCCAACCUGUCCUUAACGACGACACACUGUACAAGGUGAACGAACGUGAUCAUAACCAGUUAGACGCUGCCAGGCUCUGUACCAAACAGUAUUCACAGCUCAUCAAGAUAGAUUCCUUGUCAUUGAUGGCGAGUCUUCAGGCAGUCGUGGAGGGAAACGAUAUACUAAGGAACGCCCACAAUCAAAUGUACGUAUCCGGGAAGUAUGUUGCUAAUACGUGGCUGUACAGUGAUGUCCCGGAAGUGAUUGGCAGCGCCCUCUGGUCUCCAGGCAACCCUGACCCGACUCAAGGUCAUUGUGUUAUGUUGACAUCAGCAGGCCUGGCUAGUGUGAAUUGUUCUCAAGCUCUGUUCUCUGUGUGUGGACACAUUUAAAGUAAUUUAUUUGUGGCUGUACGGUAGUGAAACUUGUUGAUAUCUGGCUGACAAUUUCGAAAGAGAACAAAAUUUGCCAAGAGACACAUGCUUUUUUAUGUUUUUUUUGCUUUGACAAGUCUUCCGAACAGGCCUAUAUUCCAUUAUUCCACAAUUCCACACUUGCGUAACAAAAACAUGCAAAAUCUUAUCUUAACCAAGAAAAACACUAUUUUGUGUCGCCAUUAUAUUUGAAAGGACAAUUGAACUUUGUCAUGCAAAAAUAUCCUUAAUGCCUAAAUUUCGGAAACUUUUAAAAGCCUGAGUGGAAAAAAAUAAGAAAGAGUUUUGGUAACAAUAUAUGCGACACAAGUAAAAAGUCCACAUAAUCAAAAGUGGGACCUAAAUGGUGUUAUACGAAACGCGAAUAUAGCAAGAAUGAGUGCCAAUGUAGGCUAUCACCGAUGAGGUUUAUUGUUGUAUUUACGUUGCUUGGAGUUAUGGCAUCAUGAUAAUAACAAUUAUGAUAUGGGGGAGGGGGCAAAAUCGUAACUGGCCUCUUUUUGACAAAAAACUACAUGAUAUUUCUUGAAACUUGCUUCAUAAGUUGCAUGUUUUGAGUAAUACUGAAGCUGAAACCGAUAGAAAUGGCUGAAAAAGUAGCAUAUUGUUGAUGAGUACGCACCUAUGGCCUUGUUAUAUAUCGGCCUCAUUAUGUAAGCAAUUCUCUUUUUUGUACAUAUGAUAAAUAUCAGAACCCUAUACUUAUGUUACAUUUUUAUUUUAUAAAUGUCUUUACCAAUUUUUAAGAAUUUGGGGUCGAAUUGAGCAGGGAUGUGUGGGGUAGUGUGUUCAUAGUUAAGAGGCUGAUUCUUUGUUAAUUGUAUUGUUCAAUAAAUGAUCUAUAGUAUAGACGUGCUUUAGUUAUUUCUUUGGGGUUUGGAAGUAAGAGUAUUUUUGAUUGCCUAAUGAGAGAAGAGAUUUUAUUAGAUGGCUAGGUAUAUGAAUAGAGGUUCCAUCAGAUGAAAAGCUCUCUCUUACUCUAGCGGUAGAAGUGGAAAGAACACAUCGUAAAUGUUAAACAGUGACCAAGCUAAUUAAGUUUGGGCUUAGCUGCAUACGUUAUAAUUACACUGUACUCCUUUAUAGUUCAUUGCCAAAAUAAAUUGGGCAGUUAACGUACUGAUGAUAGAACCAGAGUGACAGGUACCAAGACACAGAUUUUACAAAGACGUCCGGGGUAACCAAGGCAUAGGUUCCAUAGCGUCUAGGGUGACAUGGUCAACAGUUAGUCGCGGUAAAGGGUGACGUAGUCAAGGUAUGUCGCGGUAAAGGGUGACGUAGUCAAGAUGUGUCGCGGUAAAGGGUGACGUAGUCAAGGUUUGUCGCGGUAAAGGGUGACGUAAUCAAGGUGUGUCGCGGUAAAGGGUUACAUAGUCAAGGGUGUCACAGUAAGGCGGUAUUUACCGUUGAUACAGGGUGGCAGAUAUAUUGUGAUUCAGUGUUUUAGUUGGCUUUUUGUUUUGACUAUAUAAGUGUUAGUGUCAUAGAGUAAUAAAUGUAAAAUAUCUACCGGGUGUAAUUAAGGCAUAGUUAUUUGAAUUAUUAGCUAAUAGUUUUUGGAUCAGUUAGACGGCCAUUGUUUUGUACUUAUUGUCGGCAUUCAUUUGUUAUAACAGCAUCUUGAUCAAAGAUAUAAUUUGGUAACGAACAGUAGACACGCAUCCGUUACAAUACCUUCUUGAAACAGUUUAAUUCAUAAUUAUUAUGAUUCUGGCACAAAGGCCAAACAAUAAUUACAAUAAGAUAUAUAUCUUAUGUAAUACAUGCUACCGACUCUAAUUUGGCUGUAAAAAAUGUCAAUGUUUUGAGCAAAUUCAGAUUUAUUUACAGAGCAACAAUAAAUGAAUGAAAUAAAUGGAUGCAAAUAAAAUAAUACAUUUUUUUCGAACAAUUAAACAAUCAUAUUGCUUAAAUCUAUACAUAAUAUUUAUAUUGCAUGUUUCGGUGCUUUGUCCGUUUUGAACAUCCGUUGAUAUGAAACAAAUCAUCUGGAAAAAAUCCGGGGAGAUAAUCCUGGUUAGGUAAACAUAAUGGAUUUUUUUACUACCCCCUUACACACACCUUGUGUACUUAUUUCGGAAAGAGUAUUAUAUAUUGUAGGUUAAGAGGCCAAAAUUGGCAUCCAUGCUUUUAUCAUCUAUUUGUCUACGUCCAUAUGUUUACUUCUUAUUAUUUCAUUACACAUGUAUCUAAGUUUCGUAAAAUUUUGAUUUCGAAAAGUUAAACACAGAAAACAAAAUAAUUGUUUACGUCAGCUAGUAAAUAAAAUAAAUCAUAUAAAAAAUCAGGUAUAUUGUUGAAAAGGGUGUUAUCAUACUUUUUUAUGUGUCACUUAUUCAGAAAAACAAUUGUAGGAUAAAAAUUGAUAGCCAUCGAGUAAUUUAGCACGUAUCAAAUAUAGUAUGCCAAAAAAGCUCAAAAUAUACUUAAAUUUUUCAUAAUCAUGCUGCUCUGACUUUUCAGAUAUGUAUAUUUAGCUUGAUGUUUGAUGCGAAGGUCUGCCAUGCAUUUUUCUUUUUAAUUUGUUAUCAUGAUUUGAAUAAAUAUCUGGAAAAAAAA